UCUCUCUCUCUCUCCCUCCAGUGGUGAAGCUGUUAAGUUUAGCAGUAGCGUGAUUGUGCAUGUGCAGCGUGUGUUUAUAAAGUUGUUGAGGAAUGGCUGAACUGAGAAGAGGUCCUGGUGUUAAUGUUCAGAACUUCCACUUGAAGGACUUGAUCUCUAUUCCAGCACAACUUUAAAAAACUAGUUGUGAGUUAUUAUGACGUCAGAAGGGAAACAUGCAGACGCCAUGCAGGACCCUCUGUUCAUUCUGGAAAGCGAGGAAGCGUACAGAAAUCCCACCGAAGUGAAGAUGAGUCAGAUUGUGCUGCCGUGCCACGCCAAUCACUGUGGAGAGCUGAGUGUCGGACAGUUGCUGAAGUGGAUGGACUCCACGGCCUGCUUGUCUGCUGAGAGACAUGCAGGUUGUUCCUGUAUCACUGCGUCUGUGGACGACAUCCAUUUUGAACACACCAUUGGGGUGGGAAAGGUAGUCAACAUCAUAGCAAAGGUCAACAGAGCCUUCACGUCCAGUAUGGAGGUGGGUAUCUUGGUGAAUUGUGAGGACCUUUACAAUGGCAAGCAGUGGAAGGUUUGCCAUGCCUUCGCUACCUUUGUCGCCAGACGAACUGAAGCUGGGAAGGUACAGCUGAAGCAGGCGCUUCCUCGCACACAAAUGGAGCAGAUGGAGUACAGCCUGGCGGCAGAGCGCAGGAGGAUGAGGCUCAUCCACGCUGAGAUCAUUACAGACCUACUGAGCAGCAGCACAGCUCAGCUGGGAGAAUGCCAGGAGUACAAGGGCGCCGUGCCGGCUGAGCGGACACGAGUGGAGAGUGUGGAGCUGGUGCUACCGCCGCACGCCAACCACCAAGUCAGCACCUUCGGGGGCCAGAUCAUGGCCUGGAUGGAGAACGUGGCUACAAUUGCAGCAAGUCGCUUGUGUAACGCUCACCCGACCCUGAGGAGCAUAGACAUGUUCCAUUUCCGUGGCCCGUCUCACAUCGGUGACCGACUUGUGCUGAAAGCCAUCGUUAACAACUCCUUCAAGCACAGCAUGGAGGUGGGAGUGUGUGCUGAGGCCUACAAGGGUGGAGAACCUCUGCGCCAUAUAAAUAGUGCUUUCAUGACCUUUGAGGUGCUGGACAGUGACAUGAAGCAGUGCACGCUACCACGGAUACGACCUGAGCCUGUGGAUGGGAAACGAAGAUAUCAAGAAGCUAUUGCCAGAAAGAAGAUUCGCCUUGAUAGGAAAUACAUUAUCCACUGCAAGCAAACGGAGGUGCCCGUCUCUGUGCCCUGGGAUCCGAGUAACCAGAUGUACCUGAGCUACAAUAAUGUAUCGGCCCUGAAACUAAUGGAUACCAGAAACAACUGGGUAUUAACUUCUGAGAAAAACAAGGUCAGACUGUACACGCUGGAGGAAAACCACAUGCUGUGUUUCAAGGUGGAGAUGCACGUCAGCGUACCGGCGGAGCAGACCUUCCACCUCCUGUCAGACCUGAGGAGGAGGCAGGAGUGGGACCACCACUAUGAGGAGUGUGACCUGAUCAACCAAGCAGAUGAGGAAGACACCCUUUAUCGCGUGGCCACACCGUCUGUCACUAAAGGAGGCAAAGGUCUGGACUUUAUCUUGCUGGCAUCCAGGAGGAAGCCAUGUGACUCCAGAGACCCGUAUCUGAUCGCUCUGCGUUCUGUCACUUUGCCCACUCACCCUCCCACCGAUGACUUCACCAGAGGAGAGGUGCUCUGUGCUGGCUUCACAAUCUGGGAAGAGUCCAGCGCCAUCACCAAGAUCACCUACUACAACCAGGCCACGCCGGGUGUCCUCCCCUACAUCUCCACAGACAUCGCCGGCCUCUCCUCCAGUUUUUCCAGCACCUUUUCUGCCUGUAGUCACUUCCUGGAGGCCAACAAGGACAGCCUGGCUGCUCUGCCGCCCUCUGCACUGUGACACAACACCGCCGCCAUGGUCUCCCUGCAAGAGGAGCAGAAGGAAGGAUUAGGAUCAUCUCACUGUCUUCAUCCCAAUUUCACCUCUGUUGUGGAGAUGCUCUUCAAGAGCCCAUAGUUGAAUGUAAGUGUCUCACCCUGAGAUUAUAAGCGUCUUUGCAAUGGAUUUGUAGUUUCUUUCAAGUCUUUAAACCUCAAUUCUCACUGUGUGUUCAUUCUUAAAAUGAGAGAAAUUUCUUUUAAUAAGGAUAACAAUAUACCGUUUUUUUUUUAUAAAGAACUUGCUACAUGUUUUCAGCAAGAUUAAUAGGCAUGAGGCAAGAGUGCACAAUGUGUUUGAGUCUUUCUUGGAUUGUAAGCCUCUUAAGUUUUAUUAGAGCUAAUAUAUUAUGGAACACUCUCUGUGCUACACUAAUUUAUAGCUCAACGAAUCACAUUUUGGUACACAGGUUUAUAGAUCAAUUAAUCACAUUUUGGUACAUAGGUUUAAAGAUCAAUUAAUCACAUUUUGGUACAUGGGUUUAAAGAUCAAUUAAUCACAUUUUGGUACAUAGGUUUACGUAUUUAACACAAUCUAUUUUCUUGAGACAGCCAUGCUUUUAAUGGUAUUGCCAGUGUUUUUAGUCAAAGCUGAGAUGUUUCAGCCUCUUUUGUUAUAGUUUAUUUUCUACCUCCUAAAUACAGUUUUUAAACUAUUUUGAUUGAGACUUUAAAGUGUAAAGAUGCCGUUUUGUUUUGAGACAACGCUGUAUAGGUUUAGAGGACAACUCUUGCACUGAUUGUAUGAUAUGUUGACAUUCAAUGGCCAAGUAUCUCACAUGUCGAGCUGUUUUGAUUUUAACUGAAACAAUAAACACAAUGACCAGUGGAUUGUGCUCAUUUCA